AUGGGAAAAUUUCAGUUGAGAUAUAGACUUCAAACUAUUGAAGAUAAUUACAAAUAUGUAUCAAAUUUAUUAGAUGAAGAGUUAGAAAGUCAUCUAGAAAUAGUAGAAAAAACUGUAAAAAUAAAUAUUAAUGACAAAGAAGAAAAUAGAAAGAAAGCCUUAUAUAAUGUAAUACAAGCAUUAACAGAGUCAGGAGAUCAACAAGAACAACAAAUAGCAAUAAGAAACUUCUUAAUAGAAUCAAAAUUCUCAAGUGAAAAAGUAAGAAAACAAUUUCAGGACAAAUAUAAAGAACUAUUAGCAUCAUCAUUAGAAAAUCAAGGAAAAAUGCAUGAUGAUGAUAAAGUAGAAAAAAGGUUUGUAGAAGAUCAAAAACUAAUAAGAGGAAAACCACAACCUAAACCAUUCCCACCAGAAGAUGCUACUCAUAAUAGGUAUAUACCAAAAGAGAAUACCUAUAGAGAAAGACCUGUAUCUCCAACAUCUAGUGAAAAAGAUUUUAAUCUCAAAAGUAGAAAUAUAGGAGAAUGGCUAAAAAGCCAAGCAAAAGAACCACCAUGA